UUAGGAACCGAAGUUAUUGUUGCUCCUAGCAGAUCGAAUAGCUCAAAUAAUAUAGCAAUUACCGACAAAACGUUUCGCUUUGUAAGCGGAACGAUAGGGUUGAGAACUGAAAUCUUGAAUUAAAAUUUGAGCGUGUUGGUUGCAAUGGGUGGUCUCCCUGACACCCCUUGAUUGGAUGUAACAUUUUGUCCACGUCGGACACAAGGAUAGUUUGCUUCGUUCAACAACUAUGUUAGCUUUCUGAUUUUUAUCACGCUCCUGGAAAUGUCUUUUCAACACAAUAGUGGCACACUUCUUCUUUCUUCUUUUGCUUGUUUUGGCUCACCUACAGACGGUGUUAUGAACAGAUACGCAAAGAGUGAGGUCGAAAACUCCAAGUGAACCGUCAAAUCGAGGCUCCAAGUGUGCAAAGUAAACAAACUCAGGAGUACUUUUCGUACAGAAUGUGUAUUGUAAUCAGUAUAAUUGUUGUGAACCACGUGCUAUUAUGGUUUGAACGGAAAAUGUGUUUGUUAUGCUUGUAUUAUGAGUGAUGCAUUGAAAAUUAAAAAAGUGUAUAAACAAGCUUUGAUACUCAGUUAUAUAUCCUUACAAAGUUUCGGAAUUUCAUUACACUUUCUAGUGCGUAUGAAAAGUCAUACGAAAUUAAAUGUGGUUGCCAGAAUUGUUUGGAAUAGAAUAUUAGCAAAGGGUUGCCAUAUUUACUGCUUUUCUCUUUGCGUAUCUCUUUAUAACACAGUCUCUAAUCUAAACGAGUUCAUAGUUGAUUUUCUUGAUUUUAUGAUUUGAUUCAUUUUCACGUCAAGUUGAACAGUAAUCUUUAAGCGUGCAUGCCAUGACAUGUUUUUGUUUUCUAGUUCGAGUCAUUGUUGAAUUAUUAUAAUAUUAUGUUAUAGAAUUAUGUUUGUUUUCUAAUCAUUGAAAAACAUUUAUAAAAUCGAAAAAUGGAAAAUUCAUUCUGUUCAGAGCUCACUCAAAUAAAGGUAGAAGAGCUUAUAAUAUUCGACACUUUACCAGCGGAAGAGGAAACUGCACCCAUUAGCGAUCGAUGCUCCGAUGAAACGACUGUAACGAGCGCCCUGAGCGAAGGUUCAGCUGAAGUAAUACAAGAAUCUGUUACGGAUAUCACUGAUGAAGAGAAGACCACAACAGCAAAAAACAACUUGGAGAAUCACAGCAGAACUAAUGGGAAACGUCCAUUUGCAUGUAAUAUCUGCAACAAAACAUACAGCCACUCCAAAAAUCUAUGGAGCCAUAAGAAAGUUCAUACACGAGAAGGUUACUUCGAGUGUAGCAUAUGCGAACGACGCUUCCUAAUUGAAAAAAGAUUAUCGUCCCACAUGAAUAUACACCGCACAGAUUGCCCACAUCAGUGUCGGAUUUGCGGUAAAAAAUGCGCAACUAAACAUGAUCUCGCCGAUCAUAUGCCCCUGCACAGCGACGAGCGAGCCUUUGAAUGUGCAAUCUGUGGCAGAUCGUUUAAAAGAUCCCGAGCUUUGAAGCUUCAUUUAAACAGAAACCACAAGGACGGACCCUCCUCAAGCAGUUUGGACGGUUCGAAACCGCAGAAGUUCAAAGGGAAACGACGUUUUGCUUGCGAUGUAUGCAGUAGAACAUGCAGUACACCUGAACGUUUACAUCAUCAUAUGGGUGUUCAUACAGGAGACCGGAACUUCCAGUGUGACAUAUGCGGACGACGAUUUAUCUUCAAAACUAGAUUAUCGGUGCACAUGAAAAUACACCGCACAGAUUGCGCGCAUAAGUGUUUGAUUUGCGAUAUCAAAUUCCCAUCCAGCCAUCAACUUGUAGACCAUAUGCGCAGUCACAGCGAUGGGCGCCCCUUCAAAUGUGGCAUCUGCGAAACAUCAUUUAAGAGACCGAAUUCCCUGGGGCGUCAUAUGAAGCAGGUUCACGAGGUCGAUCGCUUCCCAAGGUUCAGCACCACGGAGAGUUUGGAACCAAAUCGGACUGAUAACAGGCAGAGCGAUUCUGCAGUGAAAUACAGCUGCGAUAUAUGCGGUAAACAGUACACACACAAAAAUUCUCUUCGGUUACACCUGGAACUUCAUCAGAGCACUGCUGUUGUGAGAUCCAGACAGCAAUUUCCAUGUGAAAUCUGCAGUGAAGCAUUUUCACAAGAGUCAGCACUUGUGCGACACAUUGAAGCUCACACUACAAAGCGACACCAGUGUAAGAUUUGUGGAAAAAGAUAUUCUCGUUCGCAUUGGCUCCUACUGCAUAUGGCUUGUCAUAGGGAGAAAAUACCUGUUAAUUGUGAUAUUUGUGGUAUAUCAUGUGAGUCAGUUGAUACUUUGAGAGAACAUAAACUGAAGCACCCCAGGCCUCAUAAGUGCGAAAUUUGUGGAAAAGGAUUUCCACGUCCUCAAAAUCUUAUGAAGCAUAUGAUGUGCCAUUCUGCAGAACGACUAUUUAAAUGUGAUAUUUGCGGUUUCGCAUAUAAGACAGCUGUUGGUUUGAAAAGGCAUCAAAUAAAGCACGGCUUUGAGAGUCCAUAUAAAUGCGAAAUUUGUGGAAAAAGAUUUGUGAGUCCUGGAGAGCUCAAAAAACACAUGGCUCGUCAUACUGAAGAACGACCUUUUAAAUGUGAUAUUUGCGGGUCCGCAUAUAAGUCAUCUAGUAGUUUGAAAACACAUCAAAUAAAGCACACCUCUGAGAAUCCAUACAGAUGCGAAAUUUGCGGGAAAAACUUUCCAUUUCCUUCCCGCCUAGAGGGGCAUAUGCUUCGCCAUACUAAGCCUUUUAAAUGUGAUAUGUGUGACCGAUCAUUUAAGACUGCUGAUAAGCUGAAAAAUCACAAAAAGAAACACCACAGUUGAGAGAGUGAGAUCAAGUUUCGAUUCGAAUCUUCCUAUAAAAUGGCCUUGCGAAAGCGAUGUUUGCGUUGCAAAAUACAGCGUGUUUUGACCUUAGUCGCCAGAUUCUAGUGAAAUCAAGCUUCAAGUACGAGUAGGUACCUAUGAAUACAAAAUCCCAACAAGAGUCGCAGAUAUGAAAAAAAUGCAGGACAGACAUGAGAAAGCGAUUGAUUAGUUCAUACAAUCAGAAAGCGAUAAUGUGAACCUAAUCCCGUCCUGUUUUACUUUCGGUAAGUAUAUGCAUCUUGAUACAAAUCCUACAUUAUCUACGUCAUUGUUUUGCCCCCAUCUCGCGUACCGCUCAUGCUAGUUUUGUUUUUCGUUUCCCCUUUUUCUUUCCAAAUGAAACUUUUGCUCAAUAAACACGCGAUCGGUGUUCUCUCUAAAUCUA